UAUUAGCGCGCACUGUGUAUGGUGCUGAAUACACCAUCCAAAGGGGUUUCAAAGUCAAUUGUUAAAUUCUGUAUCAUAUGGUUUACAACUGGAUUAUGAUUUUUUUUCGUUAAAGAACAAGGAAACGAAAGGCCAAACGACGUAUGAUUAUUUUUCUAAAAAUGGAAUUAUCCAAUGUCAGUUUUAGAAGAAUUAGUCCCACUAGUGCUGUCGACUCGCUCUGUAGUGCGUGAGCCCGGGACUAGGAUACAUUCAGUGUUUUGUUCAGAGGCUGGAGGCCCCUGGCCAACAGAACUUGAGGAGUCAUCAUGGCAAAGAUCUGCACAGAGCAGUCUUACCCAGCUACAGCGCGGCAACGACCGUCUCUCCGAACGCCAGAUGACGAUCUGGUCUCUCUGGAAAACGGAACAUCCAGGGCCUUCUCGAAAUGUGAGGACACCUCUUCAGGGAUGCUGGGGGCUGUCUCAGCUUUAACCAGCCGGCACACGGAGUCCCCCAGAGAUUCCUUAACUGGGUCAGGGGUCCUGGCAAGGCUUUCUCACUUCCUGUUCAUGCUGCGGACCUGGGUGUCUCACAGGACACAUCGCCAGGUGGAGAGGCCUGACUCCUUCCUGGAGCGCCUCAGGGGCCCUGAGCUCAAAGAGGCUUCCAGCAGAGAAAGCACCGCACCGUCCCUGAGAUACCCUGACAGAGUGCGCAAGAAGAACCAAGUCAGCCAGUGGCCGCUGGCUAUGUACAAUAUGAACAACUGCAACAAUACAGAUGACAAAAAAGAUGAUAAGGACGAAAUAAAGAAAGAUGAGAAAAAGGAGGAGGACAAGAAAGAGGAAGAAAAAAAAGAUGAAAAGAAAGAUGGGGACAAGAAAGACGAUGAGAAAAAGGACGAGAAAAAAGAAGAGAAAAAAGAGGAGAAGAAAGAGGAAAAGAAAGAGGAGAAGAAGGACGAGAAGAAGAAGGAGGAGCCACCGAAGGAGAUUUGGAUCAUGGAUCCAUCCGCGGAUAAAUAUUACAGAUGGCUCACUGUCAUUGCAGCACCAUGUUUCUACAACCUGCUGUUGAUUAUCACCAGAGCAUGUUUUAAUGAACUCCAGGACACGUUCACGACUUUGUGGAUUAUCCUAGACUACUCUUCAGACAUAAUCUACCUCACAGACACAUUUGUCAGAUCUAGGACAGGUUAUUUGGAACAGGGGCUACUUGUAAAAGACGCAAAGAAGCUCAGAGACAAAUACAGAUCAACGUCACAGUUCAAAUGGGACAUGAUUUCAAUACUACCCACAGACCUGCUGUUUCUGAAAGUGGGCUUCAACAACCCUGAGCUCCGCCUGAACCGGCUUGCAAGGAUGAACCGCCUCUUUGAGUUCUUUGACCGCACAGAAACCAGGACCAGCUUCCCAAACGUUUUUCGAAUCAGUAACCUUGUACUUUACAUUCUGAUCAUUAUUCACUGGAACGCUUGCAUCUUCUUUGCCCUUUCUAAGGUCAUCGGUUUUGGGUCAGACACAUGGGUGUACCCCAACAUUAGUCACCCUGAACACGGACGCCUCUCCAGGAAGUACAUCUACUGCCUCUAUUGGUCAACUCUGACCUUGACCACCAUUGGAGAAACCCCUCCCCCUGUCAGAGACUUUGAAUACAUCUUUGUAGUUGCUGACUUCCUCAUUGGAGUGCUGAUUUUUGCCACCAUCGUCGGUAAUGUCGGUGCCAUGAUCUCCAACAUGAACAAAAACCGUGCAGACUUCCAGGCCAAGAUUGACUCCAUCAAGCAGUACAUGCAGUUCCGUAAGGUCUCCAAGGAACUAGAGGCCAGAGUGAUCAAGUGGUUCGACUACCUCUGGACGGAAAAGAAAACAUGUGAUGAGAAGGAGGUGCUAAAAAACCUUCCAGACAAGCUGAAGGCUGAGAUUGCCAUUGACGUCCACCUGGACACCCUGAAAAAGGUAAAGAUCUUCCAGGAAUGUGAGGCCGGCCUGCUUAUUGAGUUGGUCCAGAAGCUGCAAGCUCAGGUGUUCUCUCCAGGCGAUUACAUCUGUAAGAAAGGAGACAUUGGGCGAGAGAUGUACAUCAUCAAAGAAGGGAAGCUGGCCGUAGUGGCUGAAGAUGGGGUGACCCAGUGGUGUGUGCUCAGUGACGGAGCAUACUUUGGAGAUAUUAGUAUCCUUGGCAUCAAGGGCUCCAAGGCCGGCAACCGGAGAACAGCCAACAUCAGGAGCGUGGGCUACUCUGACCUCUUCGCCCUGUCAAAAGAUGACCUGAUGGAGGCCCUCACAGAGUACCCCGAAGCCAAGAAGAUUCUGGAAGAGAAGGGAAAGGCCACGCUGAUGAAGGACAACAUGAUCGACGAGGCCGUCGCUAAUGCAGGCGCCGACCCCAAGGACCUGGAGGAGAAAAUCCAAAAACUGGAGAGCAACAUGGAGAUCAUGAUGACCAGGUUUGCCAAGAUCAUGGCCGAGUUCACAUCCAGCCAGGACAAAAUCAAGCAGAGGAUCACCAGCAUGGAGAAAACGGUCAAGACUGUCAAGCCGGAGGACAUAUCUGAAGUAGUGGCCGAUAAGAAGACCCAGUAGUGACAACAACGUUUCAGUAGAACUGUUCCUCAUAACCCUCGAAAAGCUCCUGAACGAUGUGACGUGUUACUGUUUUGUCCGCAUGAGAUUACCCGGCACAAUCAAUUUUACUCAGAAACGUUGCGAUUACUGGAACCAGAGUCCUGGCCAGGGGGUGUACCCGUAAUUCAAGCCACCUCGUGCUACUGAAACAGGGGACAGGCUCCUGCCCAUUGUGUCGCUCUGGCUUGGACAAGGCUGCUUACCUGAUUACAGCUGGCACAGAUGAUGGUUUUCUAAAAAAAAACUAAUGCGUAGAACAGUAAUUUGCUACUUUUUGACUGUUUGUAUUUGUACCUAUUUAUACAACCUAUGUACAUUGUCAACCAUGCUUUAUGUACUUUUUGCAUGUAAAAAUGCACCUCUGAAUAUGUGUCAAAUGUCAAAAUGUUCAUAUCCAGUCUCUGCAGUGCAUGUCUUUCUACAUGUGGUGACUAUAGGGUUACUUACAGGUCUGCAUCUCCAGUGUAAUGAUCUGAAACCAGGCCAGAGACACUAGAUGGGGCGGUAGAGAGUAGGGUGACUUCUGUUUUAAUUCUGGUCUGUUCAGAAAGUACACAAAAUUUUAAUUCCAAUUCACUUCAAGGCUUUUCGGUAAAUAACUGAAUUGAUGGAGGGACUAACACUUUGUACAUGGCAUUUUCAUAAGAGCGUUUUUAGAGGUUUUGGAAAAGUAUGAUAUCUUUUUCAAAUUUCAUGCGUCUAGUUGAAUGAAGUGCUUAACAGAGAACAAUGUAGUUUGAUAUUAUUGAUUAUCUGUCAAUGCAGUACUGUGUAUAAAUCUUCCAUGUCUGAAACAUAUGCUCAUUGAUUCUGUUUCUAUGGUAUCCACAUUAUGUAUGGUAUAUUUUCCAACUCCUGUUAUUAUCUCAGUUGAUGACUCCAAUUUUAAAAAGAAAGUUAUUUACACUUGACCAAAACAUUAGUGAACACAAGACCAGGCUGUAACCAAACACUGUAUUGGGUCUGCCAUUAUCUGUAAUGCACAUAACGUGCAAUGUUGUGUUAUAGCAAGGAAUCAGUUCCAAUGAAAUAAAAAAUUAAAACAUUUAAAAA